UUUCAUUCUCCCGCACACAGAGUAUUCAUUGUUUCUUCUCUCUAUUCUGCUGUGCUCUCUCCCAAAAUGCUUUCAUUCUCUUCCUCCAAAUCUUUCACAACCGCGAAAGGUUUUCCUAAUCUACACUCUCUCUCCAAUCCCUUUUCUGAUUCCAUUUCUCUCCGUUUGAACCCACCAACUAUUCUCAAUCUCGGCUCGAAAUCCCUUCAAAUCACAGCCAUUGACGCCGCUCAGCCCUACGACUACGAAACCCAACUCCGAACCCAGUUCAACAAGUCCAACAACCUCAAAAUUGCCAUCAUUGGCUUUGGCAACUUCGGCCAAUUCCUGGCUAAAACCUUUGUCAAACAAGGCCAUACCGUCCUCGCCCACUCCCGCUCAAACUACGUUGACAUCGCACGAAAACUCGGCGUUUCGUUCUUCCAAGAUCCGCACGACCUCUGCGAAGAACACCCAGAAGUUGUAUUGCUAUGCAGUUCCAUACUUUCAACCAAGUCGGUACUGAAAUCGCUCCCGUUUCAGAGAUUGCGUCGGAACACGCUGUUUGUGGACGUUUUGUCGGUAAAAGAAUUUCCCAGAAAUCUUUUUCUCGAAACUUUGCCUGCUGAGUUUGAUAUUCUUUGUACACACCCUAUGUUUGGCCCGGAGAGUGGUAAAAAAGGGUGGGCAGGGCUUCCAUUUGUGUAUGAUAAGGUAAGAAUUGGGAACGAUGAAUUUAGGAUGGCUAGGUGUUCUAAAUUCUUGGAUAUUUUCGCCAGAGAGGGGUGUAGAAUGGUGGAAAUGACUUGUGCUGAGCAUGAUAAAUAUGCAGCCGGGUCUCAAUUUAUAACCCAUACGAUGGGGAGGGUUUUGGAGAGGUUUGGAUUGGAGUCGACGGAGAUUAAUACAAAGGGAUAUGAGACGUUGUUGAAUUUAGUGGAGAAUACAGCAGGAGAUAGUUUCGAUCUGUACUAUGGUUUGUUUGUGUAUAACAAUAAUGCAAUGGAGCAGCUUGAGAGGUUGGAUAUGGCAUUUGAGUCGAUCAAAAAAGAGAUUUUUGGGUAUAUGCAUCGCCUUUAUAGGAAGCAGUUGUUUGAGGAUGAAGGAGGAUUGGGAGUUUCCAAGGACAAAAAGGUAGGGCAAAAGCUGCUUUAUGGUGGUUCUGCUCUGGAGCUUCCUUCAGAUACUCUGCCUCCCAAUGGUGCUGCUCGGGAACCCCCUUCAGAGACUGUUAAACAAACGCCUUAAAUGGACAGCAUUUGUGCUAUGUGUAGUCUCUGGUGCUGAAGAUGAGAAAAGACUUAGAUCGAUGAUGGGAAUGGGAGAUAACGAAGAAGAAACAUCUUCGCUAUCAUCACCAUCCCUGCAAAUAUACGGCUGCGGUGGAUCCUCCCCUUUGAGGACCAUUUCCUGGACACGCUUGGCCAGCAAUACGUCCAGGGGAAGAACAGAAACUCCAGCCAUAUUCUCAGCUCUCUCCUGGGAAUGAAGCAACAGGAAUUUGUGAGGGCUUGUUAGUGUUAUUUACUGGUUUAGGUGAAGAUAAUAAGCACAUGAAAGCAGCCUUGUCAUUGUCAUUCUCUAGUUGGAUGGAACACUUCGUGGGCCUUCAUGUUUGAAUUCUUGCUGGUCUAGGGGUAGUGCUGAUGGAGAUAUGAGAAAGACAUAAUGGGACUCUUGAUGCUGUUAUAAUUAAAGGUAGAAAACUUCAUGGGCCAUACUUUGUGAUUGAUUAUAAUCUGAGUGCUGCCUAGUCACAUUGGUCUUGAGUGGUUCUGGACUUGACUCAAACAGCCUAACUUGCAGUAGUUACCAGGAAUAGUGGGUUUGGGUGCCUACUUUUAAGCCUUCUAAGAUCUGAUCUGAAAUUUGUUUGAAUAACCACUAAUUGUGUUUUAGCAGAUUACGUAUCUGGGCAUUAGACAUUGGCUGAUCCUUAAGAUCAUUUUUACUGAUACGAACAAAAACUGCUAAGUGGGAAAAUGUGUGACUCAAUUGAAUGA